ACAUUUUGACAGUUCAACUUGUGUGGUUCCAUAGAUAAUAAUAAAUCAUGUGUGGUUCCCACAUAGAGAAACAUUGUUUUUCUAUGGGUUCCCAUUAAAAAGUGACGUAAGCAGCAAGUAAUGCCAGAAUUGAAAAAAUCGGUGUUACCGAACUUUAAAAUGCUAAAUCGGGAGAACCAGUAACAAGUUACUAACAUUAUUUCCCAUAGAAUGUUUGAAGGUAUUCAAAGAGUUGUUUGUAUUGAUAAUAAAGCCGUUGCUAAGGUAAACAAACAACUUCGGUGAAAACGAUGUCUACACAGGACGAAGUAAUAAGUUUGGUGGAGUUCAAGUCUCCUCCACCCCAUAAUGUAAGAAAAGCAAAGCCGCGUACCAAUAGGGUUAGUUCCCCGCCCGCACAAUCGGUCUAUUCCCACAAAAGUCAUGACGUUGUAAGCUUAUUUUCUGUGAAGAAUGCUGCCAAAUUUAAAAAACACUCAGAUGAAAGCACCGAGGACAGCCAGAGUCUGGAGACUACAGAGAUAUCCGACGAUGUAUUCGCGAAACCUGGGAAUGUUAGAAAACCAUCCUACAAAGAGAAAAUCAGGGAGCGUUUUAACGUGGUAAAAAAUCGAGCUGGUUCUUCAUCAAACACCCUCAGUUCUCACAAAGGUAGCCGAGAAAAAUUUCUUAUGAAUAGAGUGCGAAAGGAGAGCAUCAACAUAGACGCUGACUUUGAAAAUGCAAGAAGCAGAUACCACUUGGGCAAAAAGAGCUCCAAACAAUUGGCCUUAUUUUCCAAAGUUAAAUCACCAGAAAAACACGAUACCGAAGUAAUCGAUGAUUUGGAAGGUAACUCUCAACGAAAAGGUGACGGUCUAUUAACGUAUCAACCAGGAGAACAACUGAAAACUAAUGUACAAUUAUCCGAGGCAGAACAUUUCUUCAUAUUUAAAGGAGAUCCUGUAGAAUUACAGAGUAAACUAAAUGAUGAAGAACCAAGAUUCCUUGAAGAGGAAGGAUUCUAUGUCCCUAAAAAAGACAGUUUGUCAGGAAGAAAUUUUAAUAUUGUCGAAAAACGCUUACUGGGCUUAGACGACAGAAAAUGGUUUAAUUGCGAAGGAAGGCUAAUUAUGCAAGAAAACCCCGUUCUAAAUAGAUCUUUAAGAGAACCAAAACCAAUUAAAGAUUCAAACAUAACAACCUAUUCUCCACCUACAAAUAAAAUAGACUGCAGCGAAGUUGUAGUGAUAAGAGACCGAAUUUUGGAGUUGCAUUUGAAAAACCUUAAAUUCGUGCAUCAUCCAUUGUUCAGCAUAGAACACGUUUUCGAACGAAAACUGACGAUUUGCCACGAAAAAUAUAAACAUUUUUUGGAAAACAACAACCUAUCGAGGUUAUUGAAAAGGCUGGAUGCUAUAAGGCACGUCAAAAAAAACCUUCAAAGUCUCCGCAAGGGAGAAAUUGGUUUGGAAGUGAAAAAAUACUCGCAGGAAAUCAAAGAGCUAAGAAAAUUAUCGUAUGAAGAGGGUAAAGUUGUAAGAGGUAACACCAAAUUAAUUCUGGAAACGUGGAAGUGUAUUAAAAAAAUACGCGAAGCUAACGGAUAUUCCAACACGAAUAUAAAAUUAGCCAUUAAAAAAGAACCAGUGGAUACAGCUGAGGAAAAAAUAAAUCAAGAACAGCAAAUUAAGGAAGCGAUAGAAGAAAUUCUGGAGGAGCAUAAAUUGUUGCAUAAAGAAAAAAUUAGGCAAUACAAGAAGGAAAUACAAACUUGGAAAUCUUUGGAUAACAUAGAUGUAGAUAAGGAUGAAGAUCCGCCGAAAAAGCCAAUUUUCAACAUUGACGAAAAAAAGAUCGAAUCGGAAGUGCGAAAGCAAUUUGAAGAAAGCUUUAAGCCUCCUGGAGAACCAAUUCUGACCUUCUUUCUUUUAACUGAUAACGAGGUUACCAAAGAGGUAAGUAACGCAAAAGAAAACGUUCGAAGGAACGCGGUGAAUUCCACGAAAAUAUCGUUGAGAGUGGUGUGCAACAAAAUUGAGGUUUGCAAGACUCAUUUAACUCAUUUAAAUAACAGUUUUAACGUACAAAUAAAGGAAGAUAUAUCCAUACAGCUCACAAACAUUCCUGAGAGUAUUACUAUAGAAGUGAUAGAGCAACCGAAAUCGUUGCUUAGAAGGAAAAUAACGGAGAUAGAGUUGACUUUGCCCGGGCAAAAAAGUGCGCCAAGAGAUGUGGAAAAACUUUUCGAAAAAGAUGAAAUCGUUCAUUACAAACACGAAGGAGUCGGCUCAGGCAUUCGACUGGCGUCUAUAUUAAGCGAUUACAAUUUGACUUUUGACGAAGAUUUGAACUUAAAUACUCGUGGAAUAUUAAUGUACAACCUGGGGUGGGAAGGCUCAAUGAAAGAGCAAACUCUAGAGGUGGAAGACUCCAUAGAGCAACUCGUUAACGAUGUUUUAGACAAAAAUGGGAUUAUUAACGUGGAAAAACUCCACGAAUGGAUAACGUCGUUCACACCCGAUCCACAGGACCCAAAGAACUCCAUUCUGUACGAGUACAUUUCGAGUUUUGAUAAAAAUUUGACUUAUGAAAAGAAGAGCAACCAUUUUAGAUUAAAUCCUCAUUUAGAGUCGCUUCAAUUCUGCGAUAUAAAAGAAAUUGAAAACAACAUAAGAUUGACGAUGUUGCAACUACGAAAUCAAAAUGAAAUCGAAUUUGAUGGCAUGACGAUUCCCAAUAGGGUGAAAGAAAUUCCUCUUAAUGCUCUGGCGGACUACAAAAAGCGAUUGGCUGUAGAAGAUAAAGUGUUUUAUGAAGACGAUUUCGAUGUGGACUUUGAACAGCACAGAAGCAACAGCAAAAAAUACUUGAGACAAGUACACAACAAAAUAUUUCAAAAAUGCAAAAACUACGAUAAUAAUCUUUUGUACGAGAAUGUCGUCAAUGAAAAGUAUCUGCCUUAUUUAGAGCAGUUAAUUAAAGUGUUACUUUCGAAUUUUUUAAAUUGGUUUCGGUGGAGACCAAAAAUUUCCCAACCUUUACCAAUUGUUAAAAACGAUGGUGAGGAUAUUAAGGAGAAAUUCGGUCAGUUUUCUGAACAAGUAAACAUAAUUAUUAAAAUAAAUUCGGGAAUUAAUUUAACAUCUGGACGAAAACAAGAACCAAACGAUAAUAAAAAAAAUCAAAAUGAAGUUCAAAGAUUUAUAGAAAUAUCGUAUAAUGGUUAUAGAAUACGCUCAUCAAUCAGUUUUGGAGAAAAUCCAUGCUGGAAUGAAGACCUCACACUUCCAAUAGAAUCUCAACAAAUCGACUAUUUAAAUCCCAACGCUCUUAGCGGUAUAAUUUUCGUAAAUUUAUUCGAUUUAAAAAAUUCAAAAAGUAAUAUUGAAGAAACAGAUUGGAUAGGAUGCAUUGACAUACCGUUGGCGGCUGUUUGUUGCAAUAAUACAUUGUGCGGAAAUUUUAAAGUUAAGGUUCCAUACUUUCUGCAAAACCUGGAUGAGGAAUUGGACAAAAAUAAAAUUAAAUCUCCAAGAGUAAAUAGUUACUUAAAUAUGAGUGUAUCUAUUGAACCCAACAUACCCAAGCUGACACCAAGUAUGGCUGAAUUGCCGUCAAAUGAUGCCCCAUUCAUCCAAGAACACAUUAUCAAUUGGAAUGAACUAUACAAUAACAGCUUUCCGAGUAGAAAAUUUUCGGCUCUAUCCAUCGACGUUAACUGCAAAACAAAUUGCCUAACAAAAUAUUUGAGGCCCUUAGAACCUCCCCAACUAAACGAGUCAUAUGAUUUUGGAGCUGAUCAGUGUGCAAGAUAUGUUUCUUUGAUACCUUUUACGGAUUGCAGCCAAUUUUACCACAAUAUAUGGCUUAAAACCGAAGAACUUCUUAAUUUAUCGAUCGGAUCGAUAAUUGACCACGCUGUCGCCUUAACUUGCUAUUUACUGGCUUUAAAAAUGGACGUGUGGCUUUUAUUGGGUUUUGGUGUGCCACAAGGGUCCACCGCUUACGUUUUAGUUAGGGAGUACCGCAGGGAAGUGGAACUUCCACAAUAUUACAUUUAUGACGUCACUUGUAACGCCAAAUAUUACGUUACUGAAGGAACGUGCCCUUUACAGAGGGUGUAUUGCCUCGUCAACGAAUCCAAUGUGUGGGCAAAUAUACAAAGAAACGACAAUAUACCGUUUAUGAGGUUUGACUUGACAAGAAGAUCUGAUUGGUUGCCAUUGUUUAGUAAUGAUAUUUACGCACCCACGAACUCAGUGAACUUUAAGGUAGAAUACAAACCUACAAUUAAUGUUGAAUUUUUGGAAACGCUAUUGGAAACCAAAAUAAAGAAGAAAAUAUCAAAACUUAGGAAACUAAAUAGAACAACUUGGAUUAUUAACAAAUCAUAUACCUUCAAGAACCUUUUAAGGUCAAUGGAAGCAAAUGCUAUGUUUGAAAGAAAUAAUUCUGAUAUUGUAACAGAAAUAUUUCCCAUAGUAUUUUCACAAAAGAUGGAUGGAUUUAUUUUAAAUACUACUUUUGAUAAUGUUUCAUUGAUGGUUAAAAAAUUGGAAAGAACCUUAUUUCAUAAUCAAAAUGAUAAUAUUAACGAAUUUGCUUUAACAGUAUUUAUACAAUGCUAUCCAGGACAAAUUUUAUCUGUAUGGAUUUGUUUAGCAUUUUUAAAUAAACAAUAAAAAAAAUGUUUCCUUGUUUAAUUUAACUAUUAUAACACAACAUGCCAAAGUUCAUUCAAAUUAAUACAAAAUUAUUAUGAAG